UUUUAAUAUAUAAAAAGUAAUAGUGAUGAGGUUUAAAAGUUUCAUGAUGACAACUGAAUCACUAAGGAGUAAAAAUUUCAGCUAUCAACUUGUACAUUCGAAAAAAUAAAGAUUUCCUCAUAGAAAAGCCAUGCUGCAGUCCCACACAAAGCCUCUGGGCGCCGCUGUCGGCCAGUGCAGAGCAAGCUCGACGUCCCAGAUCCUUCAGCCUCUAGCCUAGGAUUUCCUGCGCAGCCACCAACACUCACAGAAGGAAACCCUCUCACCCUGAGAGACUCUGGGCUGCGCACACCCGGCCCCGAACACAGGGAUUCCCGGCCCGAAACCGGGCUCUGCCUGGCCCCGGACUAACGCUCUUCCACCGCGGUCGAGUGCACUUUCUCCAAGUGCGAAGAGGGGACCGAGAAGCCCAGCGAGCAAUGGGAGGGAGCUGCGCGCAGAGGCGACGCGCCGGCCGCGGGCAGGUACUGUUUCCCCUCCUGCUGCCUUUGUUCUACCCGGCGCUCUGCGAGCCCAUCCGCUACUCCAUUCCCGAGGAGCUGACCAAGGGCUCGGUGGUGGGGAACCUCGCCCGGGAUCUAGGGCUGAGUGUCCAGGAUGUGUCGGCUCGAAAGCUGCGCGUUAGCGCGGAGAAGCUGCACUUCAGCGUAGACGCGGAGAGCGGGGACUUACUGGUGAAGGACCGCGUAGACCGCGAGCAGAUAUGCAAAGGGAGGAGAAGAUGCGAGCUGCAGUUGGAAGCCGUGGUGGAAAAUCCCUUAAAUAUUUUUCACAUCGUUGUGGCCAUUGAAGAUAUUAAUGAUCAUGCUCCUCAGUUCCCUAAAGAUGAAAUAAACUUAGAAAUAAGUGAAUCCGUCAGCCCAGGAAUGGUAACAAUUCUUGAGUCUGCAGAAGAUCCCGAUAUAAAUGUAAAUUCGCUGAGCAAAUACCAGUUAAGUCCUAAUGAGUAUUUCUCAUUGGUGGUGAAAGACAAUCCCGAUGGUGGCACGUAUCCCAAAUUAGUACUGCAGAAGACCCUGGACCGAGAAACCCAGAGCAUGCACCACUUGGUGCUAACAGCUUUAGACUUUGGGGACCCGCCUCUAAGCAGCACCGCUCAGAUCCGAGUCCUGGUGGUGGAUGCCAAUGAUAACCCCCCAGUGUUUAGCCAGGGCGUUUACAGGGUCAGCCUUCAGGAAGACGUCCCUCCAGGCACCUCUGUCCUAAGAGUGAAGGCCACUGACCAGGACGAAGGGAUCAAUGCCGAGUUCACCUACUCCUUCCUUGGCGGGGCCGGCAAAGCCCAACACGUGUUCUCUCUGGAUUCCAGUACAGGAGUCAUUGUAACUCAUCAGCCCCUGGAUUUUGAAGAAGUAGAAAGAUAUACAAUGUACGUGGAAGUAAAGGACCGAGGAUCUCUUUCCACACAGUGUAAAGUAAUUAUAGAUGUUCUAGAUGAAAACGACAACAGCCCCGAAAUAAUCAUCACUUCUCUCUCUGAUCCCAUUUUGGAGGAUUCCCCUCCUGGAAUGGUUGUGGCUCUCUUCAAAACACGGGACCGAGAUUCUGGGGAAAAUGCAGAGGUCACAUGUAGUUUAAGUAGAGAUGGUCCAUUUAAGAUUUAUUCUUCUUCCAGUAAUUACUACAAAUUAGUAACAGAUGGGAGCCUGGACAGGGAGCAGACCCCAGAUUACAACAUCACCAUCACAGCCACCGACAGGGGCAAGCUACCCCUUUCCUCCAGCACAACCAUCUUCCUGCAUAUCACUGAUGUUAACGACAAUGCUCCCGUUUUUGAACAGCAGGCCUACUUGGUCCACAUACCAGAAAACAACCAGCCCGGGGCCUCCAUAACCCAGGUCCAUGCUUGGGACCCAGAUGUGGGACCCAACGGCCAGGUUUCCUACUCCAUCGUGGCCAGCGACCUGGAGCCUAGAACGCUGCUGUCCUACGUGUCCGUGAGCGCACAGAGCGGAGUGGUGUUCGCGCAGCGCGCCUUCGACCACGAA